AUGAUUGAUGAAGGAAUCUUGAUGGAGCUAGGCUACGAGGAAGAAAAAGCAAAGAUGGCGCUGAAUGCAUGUGGCGGUAACUUAGAAAAAGCCUUAGUGUUUCUGAGAUUGCUCGAAGAUGAUGAAUUUUGUGAUGAAGAAAUUGAUAAAAAUUGGGAAGAAGAUGGCAGUUGAAGAGAAGAACUGAGUGAAGAAAAUGAAGAACUCGAGAUGGCAGUAAAGUUGCUUGCAGGAUUGCAAGGAGAAGUCUUGGAUGACAGAGAAACAAUCCUGACCACUCACUCCGUCAGGGCAAUUGAAAUAGAAAUAAUGGCAGGAAAGACAGAGAUACCAACAAAAACGUUAACAAAAAGACCAACAGAUAUCCAGACAGAAACUUCAACAGAAAUUUCAGCAAAAAGCUCAAAAGCAGCCUCAACAAAAAUUCUAACAGGAUCCUCAAAAAACUCAACAGAAAUCCCAACAGCAUCCUCGACAGAUAUUCCAAUUGAAAUCCAACAGAGACACCAGCACAAACCCCAAGAAAGAUUCAAAAGGCAACCUAAAAAACACCUGCAGAAAUCUCAAAGGGAUCCUUUUAGAAGAUCUCAACAGAAAACUCAAAAGAAAUCGCAAAAGAAAUUCAAACAAGAAGCUCAAUAG